GAAGGCGGUGGGCCCAGCGGUGCAAGUUCUGGCGGACUUCAUCGCGGCACACGUGGAGGGCAAAACACAGGUGCAGCUGGCACGCUAUGUGAAGCACUUCCAGAUCAGCCAGCCGAAGGGCCAGAAGUCCAAGCGUAUGGAGGGCAAGGCGAAGUUUGUGAUGAGGUUCGAAGAGCACCUCGAGGCGGGAAAGGCGGCGGUGGAGAUCCUGGAGCAAAUCUUGGUGGAGUCGAAGGCGGAGGAGGUGAUCGGAUCGGCCCCGAGGGUGAGGGAGGAGAGGGAGAUCUCUGCGAUCCUCAACAAGCGCUGAGUAAGG